AUGAGGGGUGGAAUACUACUAUUUUUAGUGGUAUUUCCCGCCACACUGGCCAAACUUCAAUGGAAAUGUCAAUUAGUUGAAGAAGAGGAUCCAAAACUCUCAAAAGGGCCGCCAAAAUGUCGAAAACGUGGAUUUUUGGAUAGAAAAUCGGUGAAUCCGGAUGAAAAUGAGCCGGGAUUCUUGGUGGAUAGUUUGAGAAAAAAAGAGAUUAUUUCAAGGGUUGGGAAUAAUGAGCAACCUGAAAUGCCGUAUCGAAAAUAUCAGAGAAAAAGUGUGGCGAAUUUGAAUGAUUUGAAUCGUGAUCCAGGAUUUGAUCAUAGUUCGAAGGAUGGCGAUGGAACACCAAGGAAUAGGAAUGGACCGUGAGUUUGGAAGAGAAGAGAUAAUUGGGGAAACAUCUUUGGACACCGAAAACAGCCCAAAAUGUUAUUCUUUGUCAACACACAAAUCAGAAUUAUUAUUGUGAAAUGUUUUUUGAAAAUUAAUUUUAAUUCUUAAACAGUGAAAAAAUUUUAAAAUUAGUGGUAUUUUAAUUGUUUUCUUAUGUUAGAAAACAAAGUCAGAAUUUUUUGGAUUUUUUGAAACAGUAAAAAAUACGCUUCAAAAAUUUAUCAGUUCUUUCUUCUGGAGGAAUGAAUAAUUUUUCAUCAAAAAUUGCUCUAUACUCAAAAAUCUCCCAAAUGUUUGCAGUCUUCGCCCAAAUACUCUUCUCUCCGCCGACCAAAUUCACAAACCAAUUGAAAUUGCUCUACAAGGUGAUUCGAUGCCAGAUUUCGAUUUUGGUCAACCCGAAGAAACGCUUCAAAAUGAUCUACCAAUUUGUCCGGAUUGCUCGAAAAAUUUCAGCAAUUUCAAUAAAUAUCAGUUGCUGAAAUAUUAUGAAGAAUGUCGAUUUAAUUUGGGAGAUGAGGAUAGAUUUAAAUUAUUGAGACAAUUGGAGGAUAAAGUGAAACCGAGGGAACCUAGUGAGUUUUGAAAUUUUUUUGGCUGAAAAUUUGGCUUACCUUUUAUAGUUAUAAACCAAAAUUGAAUAAACUCAACCCAUUUUUCAGGAAUCCUUGAUUUCUCUUGUGCCGACAUUGAUAUCAAUAAUCUUUCUGAUGAAGACAUCGAAUAUUGUUGUGAGAAUUCAGAUCUCUCAAAUCUCUCAGAAAAACAGAAUCGAAUUCUUGAAGAAGUCUGCCUUGAAAAUAAUCUGAAAAAGUGUAAUCUGAGCAAUCGCCAGAGAAAAUCAUUGAAUCCAAAAGAUCAACGAAAUUACGAUAGAAAAUGUCAAGUCUCUCCAACGCAAAAACCAACAAAUGGCACUGAAGAACUUCCAACAUCAGGAGAUCAUGAUUGUAAAAGUCUGAAGGCUAUCAAAAAUAGUUUGAAUGAUGAAUUAUGGCCAAAAUAUUUGAAAUGCUUACAUAAAAAAUGCACAAAAGAUGUGGAGCCAACAGAUAUCCAGGGAGCCAAAAAAUACCGUGAAAAUUGUGUGGAUCCAAAAACACAACUUCGUCUAACUCUUAAUUGUUAUAAGGCUUCGAAACGGGUCGAUUCGAUGAGUCUCGAAGAAUAUAUCCGAUUUGAAAAUCAAUGUAUUUUGGGUCCGGUGAAUCCGCGAAGAAAAGUGUAUUUGGAUGAGUGCCAAGAAAAGCCAGAGAUAAUCGAUAAUUUCACACCAAGAGAAUUCAAAAAUUAUCGCAAAAAUUGUUUGAUUUCAGUGAAUUGUGGUGAUGUAAUACCUCAACAUUUGACAAGAGAUCAGGUACACUAAUUCUGUAUUUUUGGGGCGAAAAGGGGGGCUUUAAGUUUCAGUAAUCCUAGGUUUUUGGCGCGAAAUUUGAAAGUUUUUGAGAGUCAUUAGUUCUGAAUUUUUCGGUUUCAAAUUGUGGGAUUCUCAGCUACAGUAUUCACAGUUUUAUUAGCAAAAAUUAUGAUUUUUCGCCCAAUGUUUUUUCACAAAAAUCUAAUUAAUCAAAUUACAGCAAAUCAAUCAAUACAAAGAAGUUUGUGAUGUUCAAUCAAUAGAUUGUCGAAAAGAUUCGGAACUUUUCGAAUUCCGAAAAGCUUGCAUUAUUCGACCAAAUCCAAAGAAACCAGUAACCUUCGAUUGUGAAAAAGAUGCCGAAAAUUUGAAUUUGCGCGACAAAAAACGAUUUGUGAAAUACUGUGUGAAUUGUCAAAACUAUCAGGAAAUCGAUGGAUUGACCAAAAAAGAGGUGAGCAUUUUGAGAAGAAUUCUCAGAAACCCAGACUAAAAUUUAGGAUUUUUAGAAGCUUCCUACUUUUUUGAGAUGAAUUUUUAGCUUAAUUUUUUUGCAAAAAUAUCCAAAUUUGGACUCGAAAUGUGUCAAAUUUUCAGAUAAAUGUUCUAACCAAAAAAUGUGGACCUCAAAAAUCAGCCACACCAAAUCCAUCAUCAUGGGAACCAGAUUGCUCAACAGAUCCAAGUAAAUUAAGUAUUGAACAACGCCAGAAAUAUAUUGAUGAAUGUGUUCCGAGAUGUGUAAAAUUCCCGAAAUCCAGAAAAUGUUUGAGUUGUGAAAAAGUGGAUGUGGAGGAGUUGAAUCAAUAUGAGGUAAGGAUUUUUGAAGAAACCAGGGGUUGCGAACAUUUUUAGACCAAACAUGAGUAUAUUUAUUACAUAUUUGAAACAGUGUAUUUUUGAAUAUUUUUUCUUUUGAAAAAGAGUUUUAAUGAUUUUUGAAACAGUGGAAUUUUCGGAAAAUGUUUGAAUCUUCCGAAUCAUCUGAAAAUUGUGAAGUUCCCCCUAAACUUUUCUCCAUAUUUCCAGCUCCGCCUCUACAACAAAAAAUGCAUCGACUACCCCGCUUGUAUCUCCCGAAGAUCCCAAAUCGAUGAACCUAUGAAUCUUCAAAUCCUCCAAAAACACUGCCUUGAGGUGGAAGAUAAUUGGGUAAAGAAAAAUGACACCAUUCAAGUUAUCAAAACUCCCACGGGAAAGAAAAUGUGUUAUGACGUGGAUUUGGAACAAUUAUCGGAUAGAGAAUUCGAGAAUUAUAAGAGGAAUUGUUUGAGAAGAUCUGAAAGAUUGAGUUGUGAAAAUGUGGAUUAUACAAGAUUGAGUGAAGAAGAUUUUGAGAGAUAUGUUUCGGAUUGUGUUGAAAAUAAAAAGAGGAAUAUUGAAUUGAGUCAUCGAUUUAAUCUAACUUGUGAUAUGGAUCCAUUAUCGAUUGAUUCGAAAGAUUUGAGAGAGAUUUACAAUGAGGAAUGUGUGCAGAAAAAUGAGAAAUUCAGCUGUGAAAAUGUGCAAAAAUCGGAAUUGAAAACUGAGAAAGAACUGGAUGUAUUUGAGCAAUUGUGUGAAGAAAGACCAGAAACAAAAAGGAGAGAUGUGGAAGAUGGAGAAUUGUGUAAGAAUAGAAGAAAAGAGGAUUUGACACCAAGAAUGGUGGGUUUUGGAUGGAAAAUUACAAAAAUUGAUCCAAGAAUGUUUAUUUUGAAAAAAAAUUUCCUAGAAAACCUCUUUUAUUUUCAGCGUCUCCGCUACGAAGAACUCUGCGAACUGCCCAAAAAAUCCUCACCCAAUCGGCAAUCUUUCAACAUUUGUCAAGCUCUCAAAAACACUCAACAGCUUCCACAAAAUCUGCGAAAUCUCUACCGCUCGCGCUGUCAAAUUCGUUGCUUCGAUCGAAAUUUCCACGAAAUGUCGCCCCGAGAAAUUCGAAUUUAUCAGAGAAAAUGUCUGAAAAUUGAUAUCGAUAAUGGACCGAAAAAGAUUUGGGGAAAUGAAACAUUGGACAUCGAAAAAAUGCCGAAAAAGAGAAGUUGUUAUGAUAGAGAUGUUGAAUUUAUGACAAAAUCGGAAUAUUUGGAAUAUUUGAGAAUUUGUUUGAAGAAAAAUCGAGGAGUUAGUGAAAGUUGCGAGGAAAUUGGAGAAGAUUUCGAGAAUUUAAACAGAGAAGAAUAUGAGGUAUUUGUAAGAGAUUGUGUUGAAGUUGAAAAGAAGAAGAUUAAUUUGGAAAAGGAAGUGAAAUUGAGAUGUGAUAUGGAUAGAAGAGGAUUGACUGAUGAACAGGUGAGAUCAGUGAAAAGAAUUCUGGAUUUUGGAGCAGUUUGAGCUCAAAAAUUCUUAUUUUCGACCUCAAACACGUGAGGUUUUCACCAAAAAUCAAUUUUUCUAGCUGAUCCAAUUGCUCAAUAAUUGUGGCUCGAAACCCGAUCGAAAAUCAAUCAAAAUUCAACCCGAAAAACAUCACAAUCAUCCAAAAACCGACGAAGAUGAAGAAGAAAAUGAGAAGGAAGAAAUCAUUCGGGAUAAAUUAAAGAAAAUUAUAGUCCGAGAAAUCAAGAGAACCUCACCUGAAAACUCUCAAAAUCCACCGAAACAUCCAAAAGAGCCGACUGAAAUUGUGAAAUUGCACAAAAUCAAGAGAGAUGGCGGAAAAGUUGUGAAACGUAUCAGAUUGACGCAUAAAAAACGACAUCAUGAAUUACCAGUGGAUUCUGAGGAAGAGGAGAACUUUGAAGAUUUCAGAGAAGUUCCGAGAACUCGAAAAAUGCGUGUCAGAAAAAUGAGACCCACAACAACAACAACCACAGUUGCACCAAUACCUGAGUAUUAUUAUGAAGAAGUUGAUGUCCCAUAUAUUGCUCAGAUUAUCAAAAAUAAGCCAGGAAAACGUAUAUUCAGAAAACGGUAUAUUCCAAGAGAUGAAGGAAGAAUUGAGGAAAAUAUUGAUGAGGGAUAUGUUCCGGAAGAGAUUCGAUAUGAUGGAUAUAUUCUGAUAUCUACAUAUCCAAUUGAUGUUCGAAAGUUUGAAAAAGAUCAGGAAGAAGAAGGAGAUCAGAGAGAUCAAGAGAAAGAACGAGAGGAUUGGAGAAAGAUUAUUUUGAGAAAGAAUCGAAGAAAGAUUCAACCAACCCGAUGGACUAUUGAAGAUUUAGAAAACUUGGUGGAUAAAGAAUCUCCAACGAGGAAAUCUAGAUACUUUGAAACUGAUGAGAAUGGAAAUGAGAUACCUGUUGAAAUCAAGAGGGAGAAUAAUGUAACCCGGGUGACUAAUGAUAUAAAUAUCAGAAAGAAGGAUGGAACUUUGAUUGGAGUUAUCAAGAAAAGGGCGAGUAUUGAAGUGUUGGGACCAGAUGGAGGACCGGAUUUGGAUAGAAAGAGUCGACAUCCACAAGAUGAAGAUAUAGAUCGUAGAUUGGAUGGAGAAAGCGAGAGAAUUGCUCGAAUUGUAGAUGAAAAUGGAAAUGAGAUAAGAAGAUCGAGAAUUGAGGAAGAGUUUGAAAUUGAUGAGAAUGGAAUCAGGAGGCCAAGAAGAUCUAGACCAGAUGAGGAAUAUGAGAUUGGACCAGAUGGAAAACGAAGGCCUAAGAAGCCAAGAACAGAGGUUGAAUACGAAAUCGACGAGAAUGGAAUUCGAAGACCACGAAGAUCUAGACCCGAUGCUGAAGAGGAAUACGAAAUUGAUGAAAAUGGUGUCAGAAGGCCGAGAAAAUCUAGACCAGAUGAAGAAUACGAGAUUGGACCAGAUGGAAAACGAAUACUCAAGAAGCCGAGAACCGAAAUCGAGUAUGAGAUUGAUGAGAAUGGAGUUCGAAGACCAAGAAGAUUCCGACCAGAUGAAGAAUUUGAAGUCGGGCCUGAUGGACAGAGAAGACCUAGAAGAUCAAAACCUCAAGACGAACAAGAGAAACCUGAAAUCGAUGAGAUGGGACCGGAUGGAGUUAAACGAUUCAGAAAAUCGAGACCAGUUGAGGAUCAGGACAAAAAACCCAGAACUUCUAGAAUUGAGGAAGAAGAAUUCGAGAUUGAUGAGAAUGGAGUUAGACGACCCAGAAAGCCGAGAUUUGAAGUGGAAUAUGAAAUAGAUGAGAAUGGUGUAAGAAGGCCAAGAAGAAAUAGACCAGAUGAUGAAUAUGUUAUUGGACCAGAUGGAAAAAGAUAUAGGAAGUCUAGACCAGUUGAAGAUCAAGACAAAAAACAUAGAACCGAAGAGGAGUAUGAGAUUGGACCAGAUGGAAAACGAAGAAUCAGAAAACCCAGAUUUGAAGUGGAAUAUGAAAUUGAUGAGAAUGGAAUUCGAAGAAUAAAGAAGCCUAGAUUUGAAGAAGAAUUCGAAAUCGAUGAAAAUGGAGUUAGACGGCCCAGAAAAAAUAGACUAGAGGAAGAGUUCGAAAUUGGACCAGAUGGAAUUCGACGACCAAGAAAAUCAAAACCUGACCAAGGAUUUUCAAUCUCAGAUGGACUUUUACGAAUCAAGAGACUUGAAUCUGAAGAUGAAGAUGAGUACGAAAUUGGACCGGAUGGCAAGAGACACAGAAAGUCGAGACCAGUGGAAGAUCAGGAUAAGAAGCCUAGAACUUCACGAGUUGAGGAGGAAGAAUUUGAAAUCGAUGAAAAUGGAGUUAGACGACCAAGAAGAUCCCGACCUGAUGAAGAAUAUGAAAUUGGACCAGAUGGAAAAAGACAUCGUAAAUCUAGACCAGUUGAAGAUCAGGAUAAGAAACCGAGAACUUCACGAAUCGAGGAGGAAGAAUUUGAGAUUGAUGAAAAUGGAAUUCGAAGACCGAGACGAUUUAGACCUGAAGAGGAGUUCGAAGUUGGUCCUGAUGGAAUCCGACGCCCCAGAAAAUUCAGAAUCGAAGAGGAGUUCGAAAUUGAUGAAAAUGGAGUGAGACGACCGAGAAGAAAUAGACCAGAUGAAGAAUAUGAAAUUGGACCAGAUGGAAAAAGAUACAGGAAGUCUAGACCAGUUGAAGAUCAAGAUAAGAAUUCCCAACCUGAAGAACUCGAAUCUCGAAAACCUCGUCGAUUCAUCAAUGUCUAUAUGAUCGACGAAAAAGAUGGAUCUCGCCGACUAAUCGAAAAAAUCGAAACUGAAUGGACUGAAGAAGAAUAUGAAGAGGAAAUCAUCGGAAAACUUCGAAAACGUUUCCGAGUCGACCCACAACAUCGAGAACAGAAGGUUCUAGUCGAGCAAAAAGUCAUUGAGGAAACGGAAUAUGAGGAGAUUAUUGAAAUGUUGAGAAAAGUCCGAAAGACUGGAGUGGUUCGAGUGAUACGAAGGAUUAAAAAAGUUAGGCCAAGUCAAGAAGAACAGGGUGAGGAAUGGCAAAUUUUGAAGAAAACUAAGAAACGAACUUAUCGAGUUGUAAAUGGAAAGAGAGAAUUGGUUAGUGAAACAGAGAAUAUUCAAAAUUUGGACGAAGAAGAUCAAGAAGGUCAUACUGUAUUUGGCGCCAAGAAACACUUUUUGACACGUGGCAGAGCUGAAGAGCAAAAUUUGGAAAAUGAAGAUGUGAAGGAACAACAUAGACCGAUGAGUUUCAAUAAUAGAGGAUCUAGAGGAGAUUUACAAGGAGGUACGACACUAUUUGGGAAUUUAAGACUGAAAAUAUUCAUGAAAUUUCUUGCAGAUUCUCCUCAAAUCUCAAAAACCCACAAAUCCGGAAUCAAACGAGAAUAUGAAAUUGGGCCGGAUGGAAAGAAAAGACUAGUUCGAACCCGGAAAUUUGAUCCAGGUAGGAAUUAUUUUAUGCUAGAUUUUCAGCUGGAAUUGUUUCAGCACAAGAGGUUCAAGAGGGCGGUCCAGUUCGCCGAAAUCGUCCACGUGUUUUCGGAUUGGGUGGCGAUGAAGAUGGUGGGUUUUUUUUUCAAAGUUUUUAUUUAGAUCCAACAAAAAAAGAUUUUUUAGGCCAAAAAUCUUCACCGCGUCGAAAAAUCAAUCGAACUCGGAGACGAUAUGAAACCGAUGAAAAUGGAGUCGAGAGACUAGUGGAAACUGAAAAUUUCGAACCAGAAAAUGAAAAUGAUAAAAAUUUGGGUGGAAGACGAAGAAAUGUCAUUGCUAGAAGUAAGGCUGAAAAUUGACUGAUUUCAGAAUUAAUUUUGAAUUUUCAGGUGGAAAACCAAGAAGGAAACUAGGUGAAAAUGGAAGAGGGCAACAGGAAAAACAAGAAAAUCUGGAAGAACCCAAGAAAAAAGUUAAAGAUGGUGAGAUUUUCAGAAUCUAGAGAAAAGAAACAUAUUUUUACACCCAAUAUUUUUGGUGUCUAAAAAUCUCCUGUUUUAAGAUGAGCAAUUCAUCAAAGUUCCGCAUCACGUCGACCGAAAAUCAAGGAGAAGACAAAAUUCCAAUGAGCCCAUAAGAGCAGGACGUGAGUUUUUUCAAGAAAUUGUUCUCAACAUUUUAAAAAUCAUUUUCAGAUGGAAAACCACAAAAAAAGAAGGGACAAAGAAAAGGACCAAAUGAUUCGUUCGAAAACGACACCGAACUUCCACAAGCUAACAUUUGA